AUGCCUAAACUAAAAGAUACGCGGAAAAGGUAUUCGUCACCUCAAAAUGCAGGCUAUACGAAAAAAGCCGGUGUGGGUUCCACCUCCACAAGAAAAUUCAUAAGUAAGUACAAUCAGGAGAAUAAACCUGCAAAGUCUACGAAUACGUCCUCAUUUGAUGAUUCUUCAGAAAACAAUACUCGAUCAUUAUUAGAGAAAGAAAUUAAUACAACACCUAAACCAAAUAUUAUAAGGGAACAUUUGAUGCCAUCACUUGCUGAUUUAGAAAAAAUGUUUGAAGAUUCUGAAAACAGCCAGCAGCUGCCAUUGACAACAUCAGUAACUUCAGAGAAAGGUGAAAAAUCUCAUCUAAUUCAAAAAAGCAAUGCAAAUGACAUGCUAUCAUCAAUGGACGAAACUAUAAACGAAAAUAAUAUAAUGUUAAAUGAAAGCUCGACUCCAAACGACAACACAACUCCUGAGCUUGACCCUGUAAACCAAAAUUCGAACUCUCAGAUUAAAAAAGCUUUUCAUAAUAAAUCAUUAUCUGUAAGCAUACUUUGUAAAACCUGCAAAACAAAUCACAAUAUUUCAAAUAUCAUUGAUUGUCAAAAACCUGCUGAAAUGAAGACAAUAGACUUAACCAUUGAUGAAAAUGAACAUGUCAACAGCACUGGGACUAGUAGGAGACACCAUAGAAUGAGCCGUGAUAGUUGUGAUAGUGCAGAUAGUACUCAAACUGUAAUUAAUGAAUAUUACAAUUUACCUUUGCCUAGCACUUCCAGAGAUAAUAAUACCAUUAAAAAACGUUUUGGUGACUGUUUACGUAGGUAUGGUUUUGACUCUCCAAAUUUUCCUGCAAAUUCUGAGGAAAGUGAACGAUUGGUUUCAAAAGCAAUCAAUGAAGUUUUGUAUGAUGCAAUUAGAGAUGGAACAUUUGACAAAUGUAGCCUGUGUUUCAAAAUGAAAAUAUUGCUUGAUAUUGUAGACCAUGACAUCAAAAACAACCCAACUAACCCCUCUGUAAAUGAACCUUACAACUGUCAUAGUAAAAGAGAAGCAAAUUCAGGACAGCUGUUAAACAUGACAUUAUGUGGAUACUCACGAUUAAAUCUUGGUAAUUGCCCAAUCUGCAUGGAUAAUCUAGCUAACUCUGUUGCUGUAUCAACUUUUUGUGGUCAUAUAUUUUGCAUGUUAUGCAUUGAAACAGCAUUUAAUGCUAAUGGGCAAAUAUGCCCAACUUGUAGAGAGGAUUUAAUUGAUCCUGGGUAUCAUUUUAUUUUUCCAUAA